AUGUCUACGAUUACUGUUCAAAUAAAGAGUGGUCAAAAUAAAUGGGAAGUUACCGUUGAUCCUGAAUCGACCGUUUCGACUUUUAAAGAAGAAAUAAGUAAAGUUUCAGAAAUUCCCGCCUCAAGUCAAAGAUUGAUCUAUUCAGGUAAGAUCCUUAAGGAUGAUCAAACUUUGCAAUUUUACAAUUUGCAAGAUGGACACUCAGUUCACUUGGUAAAAUCGAGUAAAGCACCUGGUAACGCUAGCGGUGGUAGUAGUAGCACUGCAGCAGCAACAGCUGGCAGUGGCGCAUCUGCUGUACCUCCUAGCGGGAAUGCUAGUACAACACCAACGACAGGAGCACCAAGUAAUUUGUCUGCUGGACAGAGUGGUGGAUUCAAUCCAUUAGCAGAUUUAACGUCAGCAAGAUAUGCAGGUUUUACCUCGUUACCAUCAGCCGAUAUGUUCGGACCUGAUGGUGGUGCAACCAAUAUGCCAAAUCAAGAAGAUUUAUUAAACAUGUUAGAUAACCCAAUUUUCCAAUCGCAAAUGAAUGAAAUGCUUUCAAAUCCACAAAUGGUCGAUUUUAUGAUUCAAUCGAAUCCUCAAUUACAAGCAAUGGGACCACAAGCAAGACAGAUGUUCCAAUCGCCUUUCUUUAGACAAAUGUUGACAAACCCUCAAAUGAUUAGACAGAGUAUGCAAUUUGCAAGAAUGAUGAACCCAGGUGGAGGUGAAAAUGAUGCUGCCAAUGCGUUCCCAGCUCCAGGUAACGAAAAUACAGAGGGUGAAAGCGCUGCAGGUGCUAACGAUGGUGGUAAUCCUGCUGCCGCCGCCACAAAUGCCGGAGCUCCCCCAGCUGGUAACCCAUUUGCUGCUCUUCUAGGUGGUGGUGGACCAUUACAACAACCGGGCGGUCUAGAUCCUCAACUUUUAGCAUCGAUGUUGGGUGCACCUUCACAACAACAACAACCACAAGAUAAUAGACCACCAGAAGAACGUUAUGAAACUCAGUUAAGACAAUUAAACGAAAUGGGUUUCUUCGAUUUUGAUAGGAACGUUGCAGCCCUAAGACGAAGCGGCGGGUCUGUUCAGGGAGCCCUCGAUUCUUUACUAAACGGUGACGUCUAA